CCCCCCCCCGGACCCCCGAAGCCGGCGGAGGAGAGGUGUGAGGCCUCGCCGGCAGCAUGCCGCUGGUGAAGAGGAAUAUCGAGCCCCGGCACCUGUGCCGGGGGGCUCUACCCGAGGGGGUGACGAGUGAGCUGGAAUGUGUCACCAACAGCACGCUGGCUGCCAUCAUCAAGCAGCUGGGCAGCCUCAGCAGGCACGCAGAGGACAUCUUCGGAGAGCUGUUCAAUGAAGCUAACAGCUUCUACAUGAGGAUGAACUCACUGCAGGAGAGGGUUGACCUGCUGGUCAUCAAGGUGACGCAGCUGGACUCCACGGUGGAGGAAGUUUCACUGCAGGACAUCAACAUGAGGAAAGCCUUCAAGAGCUCCACAGUGCAGAACCAACAGGUCGUGUCUCGCAACUCCAUCCCCAACCCGGUAAUGGAGAUGUACCAGCGCUGCGACAAGCCCCCGCCGCUCAACAUCCUCACACCAUACAGGGAUGACAAAAAGGAUGGCCUCAAAUUCUACACUGACCCCUCCUACUUCUUCAACUUAUGGAAGGAGAAAAUGUUGCAGGCAACAGAAGAUAAGAGAAAGGAGAAGCGCAGGCAGAAGGAGCAGCGGCUGGUGGAAGAUUCCACCCGGGAGGUGAAGAAAGUGAGGAAAGCCCGGAACCGGCGCCUGGAGUGGAACAUGAUGGCGUAUGAUAAAGAGUUCCGGCCCGAUAACAGGUUCUCACCAUCCCCCUAUCACAUGGCGUCAUCGGAAGGAUCACUGUCCCCAGAUAAUAGAUCUUACGCAUCGGAUGCGGCCGACCACUCGUACCCAGCGAGCCCCAACCACCCGGCACAGCUCCUGGCACCAGCAUCCCACCAGGCCCCAAUGGAGCACAAGGAAGGGGUGCUGGUGGCUGCCCCCCCCCAGGAGCACGUCUACCGCCCGUCGGCAGGCAGCCGGCAGAACAGCCUCAACCGGCUCCAGCAGCCUCAUGUGCCGCAGCCUCCCGAGGCCAUCCUCAAUGGGCCAAGACCUCACCUAGUCAAGGAGUACGGCCCACAGCCGGUGCCCAUUGCAGAGUACUUCGUGCCGCCCGCCCCACCGCCCCCCCCACCCGUCAUCCCCUCGGCACAGACCGCCUUCGACAGCCCCAUCUCGGCUCCCCCCGCGCUGGCCCCCGGCUCCACCGGCCCCCCAUCCUAUGCACCCUCACCCCCCCCUGUGCCCCCCGGGCCCUACUCCGCUUCCCCGCCGCAGGCCGGCCCCAUGGGACCCCCGGUGGCACCCCCACCACCACCACCGGGGCCCCCCGCUAUUACUGCCUCACCGGCACACUCGGCAUCGCCACCGGCUCCCACCGUGGAGCCUCGGAAGCCACAGAUCCCACUGAUGCCCAUGAGCGAUGCCCGGAGCGAUCUGCUGGCAGCCAUCCGCAGGGGAAUCCAACUCCGGAAAGUCCAGGAGCAAUGGGAACAAGAGGCCAAAAAGGAGCCGGUGGGCAACGAUGUGGCAACCAUCCUGUCCCGCCGGAUCGCGGUGGAGUACAGCGAGUCCGACGACGACUCGGAGCUGGAUGAUAAUGAGUGGUCAGACUGAGGGGCCCCGGGGCUGGGCGGGCACGGAGCAUCCCGGCUCCGUACCAGGGGUGUGCAGGCACCUUCCCCAACCUCGAUGCCAACAAGAGCGGGCAGCCCUGCUCAUUCCGGAGCUUUGCUUUUACACUAUGUCAAAAACCCUUCGGGCAGCAGCAGCAGCACUGGUAGGAUACACCUGGGAGGCAGUGAGACCUGAAAUCAGCAGCACCUUCACGUUUCAUGACUGCUCUGAAGGCAGGAUUAGAUAGGAUUACUCCAGGUUUACACCUGGAGCAAGACCAGAAACCAGCCCUGAGUAUGCUUUGCUAGAGAAGGGAAACCCAGAGGCAGUAGUGCUUUGUCAGCUAGACAUCAAAUGUGUUCAUGAGAAGCUCCUGGAGAAGAAGCCUGUUUGCACAGCUGGUGCCACCAUGGGUGUGCAGGGGUGGCCAAGCACUGGGUUGGGGGAUGCUCUGCUGCCUGCAUUUGCAGGAUGUGGCAGCUCCAAAGGCUGCGUGUGGGCAGGAGCCUCCUUCCCCAUAGAAUCAUUCAAUUAUAGAAUAGCUCAGGUUGGAAGGGUCCCUCAAAGCUCAUCUUGUCCAAUGCCCUGCAGUGAGCAGGGACAUCUCCAACUAGAUCAGGUUGCUCAGAACCACAUCCAACCUUGCUUGUCUCCAGGGAUGGGGCAUCCAUCAUCUCUCUGGGCAACCUGUUCCAAUAUUUUACCACAUUUCAUAUAGGACUGGUCACCAUUGUCCUGUUGCUCCCUGGAGAAGACCAAGGCAUUGGUGACCUGAGCCUGUUUCCAUCCUUUCCUACUUUUCAAGGAGAAAAGGGUGAAUCAAGGCUUGUGCAGCUGGCAGGGAAACACAGCACUUGUCUAGGCUUGGAAAGGUGCAAUAUAUGAUGUCCUCAGGGGAAAAGGGGCUGCUGGCAAGGGAGCAGAGGUGUCCAGGGAGCUUCCCUAAGCCCAGCUCUCCUUGGCCUUAGUGCUGUACCAUUUCAGUAUUAUUUGGGGGAAAAAAUAGGCAAAAUGCUGCUUUUAGGUAAACUCUCAACUUGCACUUUGCAGCCCCAGAAACUGCGCCUGUACAAUUGGGAUCAGCUCAGAUCCAGGCACAAUUCCCACUGGCCUGAUCCUGCCCCAUCCCUUACCCCACCAUUGGGCACUGAUGGGGGACCCUGGAGAGCUGGACCCCCAGCAUGGCACUGAAAAUACCACUUUGCUUGUGAAAAUAGAGCAUGAUUCAUUCAAGGCUUUUCACACAGCUGUGAAGAGGGGAGCACAGGCAGGCAGAGCAAAGGGGUGAGAAUACUGAACAUAUCACAGUAUGGAAUAGGCAGGGAGAGGUUCCCCACCAGCAGAAAAUGGGCCAGGACCAGCCAUGGGCUUGCCCAUCCUGGUGUCUUGAGGUUCUCUCUUGUGUUCCCAUAUACCACAAGUCCCUGCAUGGGGUUAAACAGAGCCCCCAUGUUACCUCUCUCCUGGGGAGAAGCUGGGCUCUGAGCCCACCUUCCUGGCUCUCCCAGUAGCCAUGAGGGUGAUGGCUCUAAAAGCAGUAUUUUGGCUAUCUAGAAGCAACUACACUGUUAAAGGAGGUGGGAGGACAUGGCUGGGACCCAAAGGCCAAUCCUUACAUUCACCCUGAGAAAUGCAAGUGGGAAUGAUACCCCAAGUAUCACGGGUUUGGGGAAGGGGGUGCUAUGGGCUACAUCCUGGGUUUGCCCCCCCCCUUUCCUUAGAGAAAGCUCCUCUUGACUUCAUCAGGGCUGAUUGCUGGAGCAGGAACCCAAAUAAAAUCCUUGGAUUUAACCCCAGAAUUCCCUAUCUCAGCAGCACCAUUUAAGCUGCUCAGGCACUUCUCCUCCUCCACCUGUCAAGGGCAGCCUCUCCCAGCAAGAGGAAGACCUGACAGUGUGGGAUUAGCUGUAGGGAUCAAUCCCAGUUCCCACAUCAGCCUGCUGGGAGGUUCCAUGCCUCCCAUUUCCCUGAUAUGCCAUUGCAGGCAGGGAGGAGCAGAGCAAUAGGAUGCACAGAACAGCUCAUCUCCAAAAGGCAGGGAAACAGGACUGACUAACCAAAGCAUGGAGACAGUGUACUGCAGGUGACCAGGAAAUUCCUGAUGCUUGGCACUCACCUAGACCUCUCAUUUCUGAUAUUAACCCUCUAAGAUGCAAGAGAACUGGCUGCAAAAGCAAUUGGCCAAAGCCUGGCACCUCUGUCCAGGCACAGAGCUCCUGUGACAGCCUUUCCUUGGGAAUGCAGCUGGGAUUUGGCCUGGAGCAAGGUCACAGGAAAGCCUUGUGAAGAUUCAGAGCAGCAUUGAAGCAGCCACCUGGUGGCAUUUGUUGGGGGGUGUUAUUAAUAUAGGUGCAGUCACAAGACUGUUUGUAUGUGAAGAGAAACUGGAUUUGUUUGGAUCACUCAGAAGAGCAAUAAUCCUUUGUGAGAGAGGGAAUAGCAGAGGGCUGUUGGAGCUUCUGGUACCUGUGACAGCGGUUGAAGGGCUGCAGAGUUGGCUGCAGGGACCCAGCUAGGACUUGGGCAGAGCCAACGAGCCCCAGCAGCACACGGAGGCAGGGAAGGGGCUGGUUCAUCCCUUAGGUCUGUGACUGUCCCAGUUCCACAAAGCUGAACUGAUCCUGGUGGAAACUGGAGAGGAGCCG